CCUCUCUCUCUGUUUCUCUCUGUCUGUAUCUCUAUCUCCUCGAUUGCAAGAUUGUAAACAAUUCAAACGGAGGCAGGAUUGAGAAGAAUGCGACUGAUAUGGGCCGACGGGAGGUACGCGCUUUACUUGCUGAUCCUGCAAAUAAAAUUAACAAACUCGCGAACGUCUUGGCGAUUGAACGCCGCUGACAAGGUCGUGAAGACUACUGAUUUCGUGAGUGCGGUCGAGGACGAUCCGAUCUUCGAUAUCCUGACUAACAGUGUGGUUACCGGCAAUGGCCAAGGCUGGAGCAAGACCGCGACAUCGGAAAAGCUUGAGAAAGUACAGAUCUACUGCCAAGAAUGUAAAGGUUUCGUCGAUCAUCAAGAGAGACGACUUUCGUCGUACGUGUUGAAGGAUAUACAAAAUAUCAAUGAGUCUUUUCCUCUACCUUCAAAAGUAUCAAACGAACAAGUGAUAUGUGCUACUGGUCAACAAUGCGACAACAUAAUAUUGGAUUGUGGUAAACCAGUGAACUUUACCUAUUAUGACAACCUGAUUGGUGUGGCAAAUAGAGACAAACACCCAAUGAUACCAGAGCCAAAUGUAGCAUUAAUGUUCAAAAAGAACGGUGGUAGGACUGUUGAUGUUGAUAUCGACUUGCUGGAGAGACGUUUAAAGAAAGCAAAGCGAGAGAAGCCGAAAUCUGUUCAGAUCUAUAACCAGAUAGGAAAUUUCUGGCGUAUAAAGGGUGAUGCGGAAAAGUCGAUCGAAUGUUUUCGCAGGGCACUUGCCGUGUCGCCGCAUAAUGCAGAAGUACUUUUGAACUUGGCUAGAGUAAUGCUGGUGCAUCAUUAUUUGGAUGACGCGACAUAUUUAGCCAGGCGGUCCUUGGAAAUGCAACCUCCAGACCGUAAUGCAUGGGAACAAUAUCUUACACUUGGACAAAUUUUCAAGGCAUAUGGACAUUUCCAAGAAGCAGCUGUACAUUUGCGUCAUGCGUUGGAGCUAAAACCAGACCUCUCUGAUGCCACUGCUGCAUUAAAGGAAGUAGAGUCACUACCGGUUACAAGUAUACAUUUCUAUACGUUACUGAUUAUCAUCUGUUUGGUAGUAGGCGUACUGUUGGUUAUGGUAAGCAAUGUAGAAUGUGAUGAGGAUUCAACUCUAGUCAGCGGACAGCUUCAGCGCCCGGUACAACGACAUUUCAGUCGUGCUAUGGCUAUGCGCAGCUUGCGUCUCAACGUCGCACGCAAUAAACGUUGUUAAUCAUGAUUCGUUAAUAUGAUGAGCCUGUCGUUCGUACAUAUGAUAGAAUAACUUUUGAUGCCAUAACGAUUUAUCUCCUCGCAAAGUAUUAUUUGUAAUAUGAUUCGUAAUAAUUCUUGGAAUGCACCAUCUAUUUAUUAUGUAUCCCCAGAGAAAAAUAUAUAAAAACUUCA